AUUUGACAGGUUGCUCAAAUAAAUUAUUUAAAUUUCUGCUAUUUUUGUAAUAAUAGGCAUUAAUUAAUUUUAACAGCAUUCAUAAUAAUGUCUAGUGUGACAGUUUUGGCGCCUAAUGGCCGUCGACAAACUGUUAAGUGUACACCAAAUACAACAAUUCUUCAAAUUUUAGAAGAGGUGUGUAAAAAACAAGGUUUCAAAUCGGAUGACUAUGACAUCAAACAUUUCAAUAAAAUCUUGGAUACAACAACAACAAUAAGAUUCUCUGGACUGCCCAAUAAUGCACAAUUAGAAUUAUGUGAUGUUGUUAAAAGGAGACUUGAAUCUGAGAUAACUCUUGCAGUAAACUUAGAAAAUGGUUCAAGAUUAAUAGGUAAUUUUCUACCAACUACUACCUUGUAUGAUGUAUUAAAGCAAUUAUGUCCCGAUUGUCUCACACCUGACAAGAGUCCUGUUGUAAUUUACACAAGAAGGGAAAUUUAUGGUUCAGAUCUGGAAAACACAACAUUAAAAGCUUUAGGUUUAACUGGGGGUCGUGCCAUGAUUCGAGUCAUACACAAAUCUCCUGAAGAAUUAAAAGUGCAAGCAAAUGUCUCUGCUCCCUUACCUUCAAAACCUGUUGAGGAGAAGCCAUAUAGAAGUCGUAACUUACAAAGAACUGAAUCUCCUCCUAGGGUUACAAAACCUGAAUCACCAAAGACAAGUCCUUCAAGGUAUAAUUAUGAUGAAAAACCUGAGGCCAAGGUUAGGAAAUAUGAUACAAAACCCAAUGCAGAUUUGCUAAAAUUGGCCAAAGAAAGAAAUAAGUCAUCAGACAUUUCCAAAUCACUGCCUAAGCCUGCCAAAAAAGUUGUUAAGGAUAAAACACCAGAAUGUGAAUGUAAAGAUUCAGAACCCAUGGAAGUUGAUUGUGAUCAGAGAUGCAGCAAGAAAUGUGCUAAUCAUUCAGAAAGCAAGAUAGAAGAAGAUUUUGUAUUUCUUGGCAGCAGAAACGCAAUGCUCUUUUCCUGGGAAACAGCAAAUGCAGUGCCUUCAGAAGAAUUGCCAGAUGAUUUCUUUGAUCUCACUAUAGAAGAUGCAAAAAAGAUACUGCGAGACGUGAAGAGGACGCGUAACAAUUUGGAGAAUGCACCACUGAGAACAGCAGCACUAAGAAAUCUAGAAGAGUCCAAACAGCAGUUGCGUCAAUUGAACAAAUAUAAGAAAGCAAUAAUUAGGAUACAAUUCCCUGAUCGUACUGUUUUGCAGGGAACAUUUGCUCCAUCUGAUACUGUGGAGUCUGUUUUGGAUUUUAUUAGGGAGUUUAUUGAGGAUAAAAGCUUGGAUUUUUAUGUUUAUUUUACUCCCCCAAAAACAAUUAUUAACAAAGAACACAGACUGUUGGAAAUAGGUUGUGUGCCUGGUGCUCUAUUAUACUUUGGAACCAAUGAAGAACAUAAACAAGAACAAUAUUUAAAAAAGGAAUUGAGGAAUAAAUUUACGACUUCUUCUGUGGCAUCCAUGGCAGCAUCAAGAAUUAGAACUGAAAACACUAGAAAUUGUUCUGCCAUGGAUCAAGAUGAUGAUGAUGAUUUUGAAGAAAAUGUUGCUUCUCCAGUAAAUGUUGGGGCCAGCACUAGCACAGGGAUAUCACAUGAAAAUUAUGAAAGAAAAGUUGUUAAAACUACGGAAAAUGUUCCCAAAUGGUUUAAACCAUCCAAAUGAAUUUAAAUUAUCGCCUUAAGCCUAAAUUCUACAUAUAUACAAUUGUAGAAUUCUAAAACUAAUGCGCAUUUUAUUCUGUAAAAUGUUUUGGUACUAUUAAAUUAAAACUAUAUAA